GCUCUCGGGGGGCCCAGGCCAGAGAAGAGGAGUUGCAUGUGUCGUUUCAGCUGGAGGUAGUGGCGGGGCGUAGGCGUGGGCUUCUGUACAACCACUGGGUUUGUGAGAUGACUGCUAACAUUACUGAAUCCGUGGGGCAUGAUUGCAAAGGAGACUCCAGGAGCAAUACCAAGUUAGAUGCAGAUUACCCACUCCGGGUUCUUUACUGUGGAGUGUGUUCAUUACCAACAGAGUACUGUGGUUAUAUGCCUGAUUUUCCUAAAUGUAGACAGUGGUUAGAGAAGAAUUUUCCAAGUGAGUUUGCAAAACUUACAGUAGAAAAUUCACCCAAACAAGAAGCUGGAAUUAGUGAGGGUCAAGGACCAGCAGGAGAAGAGGAAGAGAAGAAAAAACAAAAGAGAGGUGGAAGGGGUCAAAUAAAACAAAAAAAGAAGACCGUACCACAAAAGGUUACGAUAGCCAAAAUUCCCAGAGCAAAGAAGAAAUACGUAACAAGAGUGGGGGGCCUUGCAAGUUUUGAUAUUAAUCUUAAAGAAGCACAAAAUUUUUUUGCUCAAAAAUUCUCCUGUGGUGCCUCAGUGACAGGGGAGGAUGAGAUCAUCAUUCAGGGAGACUUUACAGACGACAUCGUUGAUGCCAUUCAGGAAAAAUGGCCAGAGGUGGAUGAUGAUAGCAUUGCAGAUCUUGGAGAAGUGAAGAAGUGAUUUUGAAAAUUUGUCUGUAUUUAAUGGUCUGAACUGAGAGUUGAUAUGGCCAAAGGGGGAGAGAGGCCAUUU